AUGUUGGUCAAGACGGAGAGCAACAGAACCCUCCAAGGGCACAAGCUCCUCGUCAUCUCCCCCUGGCCUGCCCCGGCUGGGUUCGUCGAGAAGUUGGCCGCCGCAUUCCCCGAUUUGCAGGUCGUGUACCAUCUGCAGCGUUGGACCUCGACGCCGCUCCCACUGGUCACCCUCCCGCCCGGAACAUGGGAUGAUGUGACCAUUUUGAUGACUUUCAGUACCCUGCCGACUCCAGAAGAGGCUCCAAAGCUGCAAUACGUGCAGCUGUUGAGCGCGGGGGUGAACCAUGUGCUUGAGAAGCCCAUGUUCAAGGACACCAAGGCGGCGUUUUGCACCGCUAAUGGCGUGCAUGGAAACAAGGCCGCUGGGACACCAGCUGGCAUGGAAACCAUCGAAGACUCGGCCAACAAAACCAUGUAA